GACAGCGAACGCCAAACCAUGACUUUGUUACCGGCAGCCCACGUCACUCCUCGCAUCACCAUUGUGCACCUGUAAUUUUCCUCUUUGCACCAUCCCCAUACAAACCCCUUCCCCCCCGAGCAACGCCGCGCCGCAUCGAGGCUCAUCGCUAAUGGUACUUGCCCGAGUGGCCAACUUCUUCACCAACGGAGACUCGACCCCCACGCACAGCAUCGUCGACGAUGGCCGGAGAGCAGACACGAUGCCGGCGGAGAGCGUGCGGGACAUCACACAGGCCGCGGCGGUAGUCGACGAGGGCAUGGACGACGAGGCAGCGCGGCCGCCCUAUCUACAUGCAAUGCUGGCCGGCGGCAUCGGAGGGACGACGGGCGACAUGCUGAUGCACUCGCUGGACACGGUCAAGACACGCCAGCAGGGCGACCCGCACAUGCCGCCGCGCUACACGUCCAUGGGCAGCACAUACUACACCAUCUGGCGCCAGGAGGGCAUACGCAAGGGCUUGUAUGGGGGUGUCCAGCCGGCCUUCCUGGGCUCCUUUGCGGGGACAGUGUGCUUCUUCGGCGCCUACGAAUGGAGCAAGCGCACCAUGAUCGACUACGGCGUCACGCCCUCGAUCGCCUACUUCUCCGCAGGCCUCUUCGCCGACCUCGCCGCCGCCCCCGCCUACGUCCCCUCCGAGGUGCUGAAAACACGACUCCAGCUGCAGGGCCGCUACAACAACCCCUACUUCUCCAGCGGCUACAACUACCGCUCCACCAUCGACGCCGCCCGCACAAUCGCCCGCAACGAAGGCUUUGGCGCGCUUUUCUACGGCUACAAGGCGACCCUAUGGCGUGACCUGCCCUUUUCCGCCCUGCAGUUCGCUUUCUACGAGGAGGAGAGGAAUUGGGCCAAGCGAUACGUGGGCUCCAACAACAUCGGCCUGCUGCUGGAGAUUGCGACCGCGGCGAGUGCAGGAGGCAUGGCAGGCGUCAUCACCACACCCCUCGACGUCGUCAAGACGCGCAUCCAGACUCAGGUCAAUCACCCAUCCUCUACUUCCUCUCGAUCCACACUCUCGCCCACAAAACACGCCGUCCCCUCACAGUCGAGCAAACCGCACGCCACACAAAACCGUCCCAUCUCCACCUCUUCUCCUUCAACUACCCUCAAAACCCAUGGCGCUGCAACCCUCGAUACCUCCUCUGUCCUGACUGGCCUGAAGAUCAUAUACCGUACCGAAGGUAUUGCGGGCUGGUUUCGAGGCGUGGGGCCUCGCUUCGUUUGGACAAGCGUGCAGUCGGGGACUAUGCUUGUUCUUUACCAGACGCUAUUGAGACGUUUUGAGCAGUACCCUCUUGUAAAGACGGACGAAGCUUUGUAG